UCAGCUCCUCCAGCAGGGGGCAGCACACACACACACACACCCCAUGUCUGUCUCCCCGCAGAGACCGGCUCCCUGCGCUGUCACAGCCACAGCUCCGUCCUGCUCCGCGACCGGGGGGGUAAACGCCUCCACAGCAUCAUCACCCACAAUGGCACCGAGUCCUGCGCCCCGGCCCCCAGCGCCUGCAUGGAAGCUGCCGUCACCCUCAGCGCAGGGGGCAUGUCCGUGACUCUGAUCCAAAGGGGGUGCAGAGCUGGACACCCCAAGGGAGGGACCGAACCCCCCGCUGCGCCCAGCCGAUUCCUCCACAUCCAGGCCAAUGUCCGCUACUGCCAGUCGGACCAGUGCAACGCCAAGGGGCUGGGGCUGGGGAGCCCCGGCCAGGGCACAGCUCCGGCCCCCAGCGGCCCCACCCAGUGCUACGCCGGCCUGAGCCUCAGGCCCCAGCCCCACACUCUGGAGCGGGUGACGUGCGACGGUGACGACGCCCGCUGUUACCACGGCAACGGCACCCUCACAGCAGGGAAGCUCGCGGUGCCCAUCUUCGUGUGGAGCUGCCAGGCCCCAUCCUGCGCCGUGCCCCCCAGCCGCCACGUCGGCCCCCUGCAGCUCAGCCAGGCCGGCGCCUGCUGCGCCGGCAGCUACUGCAACGGGCAGAGGGCCCUGGCACAGGUCUCCGUCCACCACACAAUCUCCUCCGGCCCCGUCGGCGACCACCCCCUCACCACCGCCACGGCCAGGAGAGACCACAACCACCCCGGGCGCAGCCACGGCACGGCGCCCACGGUGCCGCCCGAGCCAGACGACCACACGGCGCCGCACGAUCCGGACCGAGACGUCACCGGCUACGACGACCGCACGGAGCCAGACGAUCUGGACCCAGAGGGCAACGGCUACGACAACAGCACGGAGCUACCCGACCCCCACCCCGGCGACAAGGGGGACCUGCCCCACAGCACCCGCCCCCGCACCCGCCCCACCGAGCCCGGCAAGAAAAUCGGCUACCCCAAAUCCACCGUCCGCCCCGCCCAAAAGCACCCCAAUCCCGGGACCCACAGCUCCCAGGCGCCCGGCCUACGCCUCUGCCCCCUGCUGGUGGUGCUGGGAAUAGCCUGCCUGGGGCUGUGAGGGGGGCUGGGGGCCAGGACGCCUCGGUUCUCUCCCCAGCUCUGGGAGGGGAGUGGGGUCUAGUGGGUUGGAGCGGGGGGCUGGGGGCCAGGACUCCUGGGUUCUGACACCAGCUCUUAGUAGCUAUGAGGAACUCACUCCCCCCCCAUCACAUUACAUGCUUCAGACUCCCCACAUUUAAAGGGAGGGAUCCCAGAGAUCGGGGGGGGGGUCGCUCCCCAUUUCCCUGAAUUACUGCUGCUGCUUUCAGUCCCCAUUAACCCUCUGUGGGCCCCCUGCCCGGCGCUUCCCCCCCCC